UGACGACAUCUUCAGCUGGCAAACACUCUGAUGCCGCUGUGGACGAGUUUUUUUUUACCUGUGUGCGAUCAUUCACGGCAAGAGUAGUUCUCGAUGAGCUCGAAACGUUAACACAACGCGGUCGAUGUUUUUCUUGGACGCCAAAAGAGCUUUUGAAUUCUGUUCUCGAAAUGUACGAGCGAUGGAGACCAGCGGACAGCACAGAAAGAGGAGAGUACCUUCUCGAUCGCGAACUGAGCAUCCUCAAGAAAUCUGCCAGCUCAGGGCCAGCUACCGUCAUCCGUGACUCGCAAUGCUCACCAGUCACGGAUCCAAACUGCUACAAGUACUUUCUUCAACAGGAAAGAGCGAAAUAUGAGCAGCAAAAAAAUCCGGACUGGGUGCAGAUCUUUGAGAGUUGCCGAGACGCUGACUCUGCAAAGUCCAGUACUUGUUCUAGCACUUUAAGCCCUGUUGUGUUCGAUGCGUCUGACUUCCAACGUUUCAAAGAACCUAAAUCAAGAUGCAACAUUUUCCGCAAAUUGUUUAGAGCCACAAAGCCCCUAUUCGUUUCCCGGAAGAUUGACCCAAACCCUCCAACAUCAGGUCAGCUUUCUACAUUCUCUACUAUGAGAUACAGGUUUCUAGACUGGUUUUGGAGCUUUUGGUAUCCAGUGGACGAGCACGAGGAGCAAAAGCUCGAGCUCCCAUAUUCUUUUCCCAGUUAAUCCGCAUUU